UUAACUGCUCAUUGUCAUUUUACACUUUACCCAUCCUCGUAUAGGUAGGGUUGCAUCUUGCGCGGGUCGCCAGAGGGCGUCUGAAUGGCCUCGUCUUCCGCCCGCCAAUCCCGGCCCUCGUCAGUCGUUCCUCAACCCGGUCCAGACGGGCUCCUCCGCGGCACGGCCUUUGCGCUCUUGCGCCUCUUUGCCCGCGCGUCUAUGCCGCUGCUGAUUGGAUCACCGUCUGUGGCGUCUACUUGUUUGCAUCGGUAUCCAUUCGCUCGGACAGACGCCGUGUUCCCGCUUGUCUUCUCUAAGAGAGCCUCAUUCAGCCGACCUUUUUCUCAAUCAGAUGCCCACGUACUCUCUAUCUUGACUAUGCGAGACAGGGCUUAGGGUCAUCUCGUGCCGUCUCUCUCUUUGCUAGUUCCCACACGCACCAAAAAAGUCCUACCAGAAGCCCACGU